AUGGCGGCGGCCGUGUCGCCCUUUAGCGGAGUGCUGCAGCUGACCGACCUGGAUGACUUUAUUGGGCCCUCGCAGGAUUGCAUCAAACCCAUCAAAGUCGACAAGAAGGCCGGGAAAGCGGCAGCCAAGAUCCGUAUUGAAGAUGACGGGAGUUAUUUCCAAGUGAGCGAGGAUGGAGAAUCGCAGAAGCUGGAGAAAGCCAAGAUUACUCUCAACGACUGCUUGGCUUGCAGUGGCUGCAUAACGUCAGCGGAGAGCGUCUUAAUCACACAGCAGAGCCACGAAGAACUGUACAAAGUGUUAAAUACGAACAAGAAUGCAGGUUCUGCUUCCCAGAAGCUGGUGGUGGUCUCUGUUUCUCCCCAAUGCAGAGCUUCCCUGGCUGCAAGAUACAAACUGGCUCCUUUGGACACAGCCAAGAAGCUGACGGCGUUCUUCAAAAGAUUAGGGGUGCACUUUGUUUUCGACACAACCUUCUCCCGCAACUUCAGCCUGCUGGAGAGCCAGCGAGAGUUUGUGCGCCGCUUCCGGAGGCGAGCCGAGGAGGAAAGGGCACUGCCCAUGUUGGCCGCUGCCUGCCCAGGCUGGAUCUGCUACGCCGAGAAGACCCACGGGAGCUUCAUCAUCCCGCACGUCAGCACUGCCAAGUCGCCCCAGCAGGUGAUGGGCUCCCUGGUGAAAGGGUGCUUCGCAGAGCGGCAGAAUUUGACGCCUGACCAGAUCUACCACGUGGCGGUGAUGCCCUGCUAUGACAAGAAACUGGAAGCGUCCCGGCCCGAUUUCUUCAUCCAGGAGCACCAAACCCGGGAGGUGGACUGUGUGAUCACGACAGGAGAAGUGGUGAAGCUGCUGGACCAAGAAGGCGUUUCCCUUGUUGACAUGGAGCCUGCACCGCUGGAUGGGAUGUUCAGCAGCCCUUCCGAAGAGCGGCUUCUUGGCCAUGCCGGAGGCGGUUCUGGGGGCUACCUGGAGCACAUCUUCAAGCACGCAGCGAUGGAGCUCUUUGGGAUUCAAGUGGGCCACGUGGAGUAUAAGCCCUUGAGGAACAAAGAUUUCCAGGAGGUGACCCUGGAGAAGGAGGGUGAAGUCGUGCUGCGCUUUGCCUUGGCUUACGGAUUUCGGAACAUCCAGAACUUGGUGCAGAAACUGAAGCGGGGGAAGUCGCCGUAUCACUACGUGGAAGUCAUGGCCUGCCCUUCAGGGUGCUUGAACGGAGGAGGGCAGCUCAGAGCAGACGGGGAAGCCAGCAAAGAUCUGCUGCAGCAGGUGGAGAGGCUGUACGACUUGGCAGAGGCAGAGAAGCCAGAGGCGAACCAGGACGUGAGGGCGGUCUAUGAAGAAUGGCUGGGUGGGCCUGAGUCGGAGCAGGCGCGGCAAGCCCUUCACACCCAGUACCACCCGGUGGAGAAGGCGAACGCCGCUUCCAUGAACAUCAAGUGGUGA